GUUACAGCGGGUUCCGUUCGUCGCGUCCACAUCCGUCCUUGUGUAGACAGGGUAUUGGAACUCUCCCAGCUGUUUGCACUGCUCUUAAUUUUGUUGUUGACUAGGAUCCACACUUUUUGAAUUAUGCCUCCUCCACACCGCUAUCGCUCCAUGCGUGUUUUUUUAAAUGAUGACCGCCAUGUCAUGGCCAAGCACUCGUCAAUAUACCCUUCCCAGGAGGAACUGGAGGCUGUGCAAAACAUGGUUUCUCACACUGAGCGUGCUCUUAAGGCUGUUUCUGACUGGCUGGAUGAUCAGGAGCGGGAAACUAUAAAGCUUGAAGAGGGUGCAGAACAGGACACUGAUUCCAAGAUGACAGAACAAGCCACACGCUCUUUGCGGGGUGUAAUGAGGGUUGGCUUGGUUGCCAAAGGCCUACUGCUUAAAGGGGAUCUGGAUUUGGAACUAGUGCUGCUCUGUAAGGAAAAACCCACAACCACACUGCUGAAGAACGUGGCUGAAAAUCUCACAGCACAGCUCAAGUUAAUUACGGAGGACAAGUACGAGGUGACCCAAUUCAUGCGUGAUGCCUGCAUCAUGAUCAGAAAUAACAAGCAGCCCCCGCUGACUCUCUCAAUUCACCUGACGUCUCCUGUGGUCAGGGAGGAGGCUGAGAAGAUGGCGGCCGGUGAAAAGCUAUCAGUCAACGAUCCUCCGGAUGUACUGGACAGGCAGAAAUGCCUGGAUGCCUUGGCGUCUCUUCGCCACGCCAAGUGGUUCCAGGCCAGGGCAAACGGACUGCGCUCGUGUGUGAUCGUCAUCCGGAUCCUGAGGGACCUUUGUGCUCGCGUUCCCACCUGGGCCCCUAUUGGAGGAUGGCCUUUGGAGCUUCUGUGUGAGAAAUCUAUUGGCACUGUAAACCGUCCAAUGGGAGCAGGAGAGGCACUUCGAAGAGUUAUGGAGUGUUUAGCAUCUGGAAUCCUAAUGGAAGGUGGGUCGGGCAUCUCUGAUCCCUGUGAAAAGGAGCCGCUCGAUGCUAUUGCUCACAUGGACCCACAGCAACGAGAGGACAUUACCCAGAGUGCUCAGCAUGCGUUGAGGCUUGCAGCGUUCGGGCAGCUACAUAAAGUCCUUGGCAUGGACCCACUGCCUUCUAAGAUGCCCAAAAAAAUGAAGAGUGAAAAUCCUAUCGAUUACACAGUCCAGAUUCCCCCGAGCACAACUUAUGCAUCGGCAAUAAAAAGACCGAUUGAGGAAGAAGAGGUUCCAGAGGGUGCUGAGGACAGUGAGGAUAAGAGCCCAAACAAAAAGAAGAAGAAACUGCAAAAGAAAUCUAUAGACGAGAAGGUCGAGCUCCCUCAGUCCAUGAAUGCUCUGAUGCGCCUAAACCAGCUUAAGCCUGCACUGCAAUAUAAACUUAUCUCACAGACUGGGCCUGUCCACGUUCCAGUCUUUACAAUGUCUGUGGAGGUCGACAGCAAGACCUUCGAAGCCUCUGGUCCCUCUAAACGCACCGCCAAACUCCACGUAGCGAUUAAAGUUUUGCAGGACAUGGGCCUUCCCACAGGACCAGUAAUAGAGCCAAAGGUUGCUGCUAUUACUACACCAGUUAAGAUAGAGAUCGUGAAACCAGCUCCACCUGAGGAAUUCGCCAUCAUCGCACCUGAAACAGAAGCUUCAUUCAGUGACACCAGUGCUGUGGUAAACCAGACGCCUGAGGGUACACAACAGAGCCCUAUUCUGACAAAACACGGAAAGAACCCUGUGAUGGAGCUGAAUGAGAAACGUAGAGGUCUCAAGUAUGAGCUUGUUUCUGAGUCAGGCGGAAGCCACGACAAGCGUUUUGUCAUGGAGGUGGAUAUAGAUGGACAGAAGUUCCAGGGUGCUGGCUCUAACAAAAAGGUGGCAAAGGCAUUUGCAGCUUUGUCUGCCUUAGAUAAGCUUUUCCCAGAAGGCUCCAACUUUGAGGAAACCAAGAAAAAGAAGGCAAUGAAUUCUGCACCACCUGUUGAUCCAGCGGCCAACCCCAGAGGCCGAGGAAGAGGACGAGGAUGGGGCAGAGGGUUCAAAGGUGGCUAUGGAAGUUAUGGAUAUGGAAACAAUGCUAACAAUUAUUAUAAUAACGGCGGCGCUAAUGGAGGAUCUGCACCAAUGGCCCCUGGCACUGCAGGCCCUGCGGCCAACUCUCCACUUGGUGGUCCUCCUGGAACAGGUGGCUUUAGCUCAUAUUAUCAGGGCGAUGGAGGUUACUCCAACUCACCCGCAGUCAGCAAACCCCCUGUGAAAAAGCCACCCAUGCACCAGGGAAUUAAACCUCCAGGCACUGGACCAGCUCCUGGGACAUUCCAGAACACGCCUUCCUCACAAAGCUCCUAUGGUCAGAACUACGGUCAGAAUUAUGGACAGAAUUUUGUACAAAACUACAGUCAGGGGAAGAAGAACUUCAACCAGUCUCAAGGUGGAGCCACAGGUGGAGCCACAGGUGGUGGUGGUGGUGGUGGUGGUGGUGGUGGUGGUUACAGCAACUACAGCACCGCUUACCCAUUACAGGUUACAGGAGGUGCAGGGAAUCAGAACUACGGCUACGAGGGUUUUAACAACCAGUCAAACUACAGCACGCAAGGAGACAAUCAAGGUUACGGUGCCAACACAGGACCGUACCAUAAUCAAGGAAUGGGCUACAACCGUGGCGACUCCAGCAUGAACUACCAGUACAGAUAGACUGAACCUGGCGCUCAUGUGUGCUCCUCAUCACCAUCACACUUCUUUGCUUGUACAUCUUUUCUGAAGUAGCAUCAGCAAGACUUCGCUUGAUCAGAAGCUUUCAUCAGUGGCUUUGUGCUUGCUUUUGCACAGAGACUUAAUUUUUUGUUUUAAGAUGUGUUUAAGUACAAUGCUGGUGUAUUGCUUUCUGUUUAAUGUGCUUGCUUUUGUUUUUUUGUAUUUUGUUCAGGGUUUUUUGCCCCCCUCUCCCUUCUUCCCCCUCCCUUCUAUAGACUACUGCCCUUAAAAGACCUGUCCCAAAAUCCCAUGCAUGUGAACGCCUGUUUCACAUUUGACUUACCUAUUUUCAUUAUUUGGUUAUUAUAUCACUGAAUGAUUCUAGGACCACUGUUUUCAAUUGAAUAUUCCAUAUUAGAUGUUUAAUUUUUAUUUUUUUUAUUCAGGUUUUCUUAAUCUUAAUGAACAGAAACAUUGAUUUGCUUGUCACUGUAAGCUUGUGCUGUAGGUACCUUAAUCACUACUAGUUCAUUUUGACAUAGAAAUAAGAUUUAGUGUAAAUUAAGCUCAUGUUAGAAUUUGGUGUUUCUGACCAGGUUACUUUUUAUUUUUAGAAGACUGUUUAUAUUAAAGUUACUUUUAUUUUUGAUUGAUUGUGGUCAAAGUUGUUUGAUGUGGUCACUGGUCAAUUUGACCAGUGUGUAUUAAAUAUAACCUUUAAUGCGAA